UAUUGUUGUCGGUGGACUCAUACGUGCGCAACACGGGGUCAUUAUUUACACCAUUUGGCAGCCGAUCGCGCUUGUUUCCAAGCAGUCUCAAGGACCGAAAGAUGGCCUCAAAACCAGCCUUCACCCCAACCUCCAUGCUGACCGUGAGCCCCCAAAAUGACAGCACGGUACCACCGGAGCAUCGUCAGGAGCACCACAUGGUCCUGAUCGUCAUCUACACGCUGGUUCUGCUCAUCGGCACCACCAGCCUGAGUCUAACAAUAUUCAUCAUGAAGUCCCGGACGGCGUCCACCACCUCCAUCGCCGUGCUCAACCUCAUCUUCGCUCACUUCGUUUUCCUCCUCACCGUGCCCUUCCGGAUCUACUACCACGCCGCCCAGCACUGGAGCCUGGGCUUCGGCUGGUGCAAAGUGGUCAGCAGCAUGAUCCACAUCCACAUGUACAUGUCUUUCAGCUUCUACGUGGUCAUCCUCAUCACGCGGCUCUUGCCGUUCUACCGCAAGGCCGAGCUGCUGGCGUCCCCGCCCAGGAUUUACGCGCUCGCCGCCAGCGUGGUGGUGUGGAUGCUGGUGUUCGUCUUUGUCACUUGCAUCAUCUAUUUCUCUUACGGCAAGGCCAAUGACGACAGCUUGGACGACUCGGUUCGGUGCUUCAAAUUCGGCAAAAGCAUCGGAUCCGCCGCCAAAGUGAUCAACUACAUCAUCAGCACUUUGAUCAUUACUGUAGCCAUUGUGCUGACGGGCCUCCAAGCCAACGUGCUGUGGCUUUUAUACAGGAAGCACCACCAGCGAUGCACGUGCCAGCAGGACUUCGGGGCUCAGCUGAAGAGCCUUUGCUUCGCCAUCAUCAUGGUGGUGUGCUUCAUCCCCUACCACCUCUUCCGACUCUAUUACUUGGAGCACCUUGAACUGCAGAAUCUCAAUGAGGUGUUGCUGAGUUUGACCACCUUCAACUGCUUGGACAUGCUCACGCUCUUAGGGAGGAGGACUUGCUCCUUGUGCUUCCCAGGAAAGGCUAUUUAAUCCAUGUCACUAGUGCACCAACCAAAACUUUCAGAAACAAUGAUUAAAAAAAAGACACGUGUGAAUAAAUACAUCCAUUUUUAUGAUCCAUUUUGAA